AUGGCGGCGGCCGCCGAGUCAGAAGCACGUCUCCGGAAGCGGAAGCGGGCGCCGCGUGGGCCCGGUUUGGAGAGCCCCGUGGCGGCGUCGUCGUCGUGGGUACGCUUGGCCUUCUUGGUCACGGCGCUGCGGCUCCUGAACGCCUUCCUGGUCCAGACCAGCUUCGUCCCCGACGAGUACUGGCAGGCGCUGGAAGUCGCGCACCGGGCCGCCUUCCGGUACGGUUUCCUGACGUGGGAGUGGGCGCGGGGCCUGCGCAGCGCCCUCUACCCGCUGGCCCUGGCCGGGCUCUACAAGGCGCUGGAGCUGCUGGGGACGGACCGCGCGCCCCUCCUGGUCUGGCUCCCGCGCCUGGCCCAGGCCCUGCUGGCGGCCGUGGCCGACGUGCGGCUCUACUUCCUGGCCAAGCGGAUAGAAGGCCCCGCCGUGGCCCCCUGGGUGGUCUUCUGCCAGCUCUGCUCCUGGUUCACCUGGUUCUGCUGCACCCGGACGCUGACCAACGCCACGGAGGCCGCGCUCGGCACCAUCGCCCUCUCCUUCUACCCCGUGCCGGGCACCCCAUCGGGGGUCAGCAGCGUCCGGUACUUGACCCUGGCGGCCGUGGCCUUCAUCAUCCGCCCGACAGCGGCCAUCCUGUGGGCCCCGCUGGUGCUCUGGCACUUCUGGACCGAGACCCCCGAGGGGCGCCUCCGCCUCCUCCUCCGCUGCCUCUCCGUGGGCCUGGUCACUCUGGGCAGCUCUUUGGUCCUUGACCGGAUGUUCUACGGCAAGUGGGUGGUGGUGCAGCUGAACUUCCUGCGCUUCAAUGUGCUGACGGGCGGGGGCUCCUUCUACGGCUCCCACGCGUGGCACUGGUACUGGACGCAGGGCCUGCCGGCCAUCCUGGGCCCCCACCUGCCCCUCUUCCUGCUGGGAUGCCUCCGGGCCCCGAGGAGGGCCCCCCACCGCCUGCUCCUGGCCCUCAUCCUCUGGACGGUGGGCGCCUACAGCGCCUUGAGCCACAAGGAGUUCCGCUUCCUCCUCCCGGUGCUGCCCCUCGCCAUGCUCUUCUGCGGGCGUGCGCUGCACGGGCUGCGCAAGGGGAGGAGGGCGGUGUCGGCCGGGGCCCUGCUGGCCUCCAAUGCGCUGCUGGCGCUCUACCUGGGCCUGGUGCACCAGCGCGGGACCCUGGACCUCAUGGCCCACCUGCGCGGCCUCUGCCCCCCUCCCUCUCCCUCUCCCCCCCAGCAGCAGCAGCAGCGGGGCCCGCCCUCCGUCCUGAUGCUGAUGCCCUGCCACUCCACCCCCUUCUACAGCCACAUCCACUGCCCGCUGCAGAUGCGCUUCCUGCAGUGCCCCCCCGACCUGGACGGAAGGGCCGACUACCAGGACGAGGCCGACGCCUUCUACGCCGCCCCCCUCCCGUGGCUCCAGCGGGAGUUCGGCACAGCCAACGCCUCCUCCACGCCGCCCCCCACACACCUGGCCCUCUUCCGGGGCCUCCAGAAGGAGAUCGGCCCCUUCCUCUGUGCGCACGGCUACAAGCACCGCGCCGCCUUCUUCCACACGCACCUGCCGCAAGGGCGGGUCGGGAGCCACGUGGACCUCUACGAGCGGGACCCGAAAGGGAGCUGAGGCGCAGCCGGGCGCAAGGGAGGAGGAGGAGGAGGAGGAGGAGGAGGAGGAGACCUUCCCUGCAACCGGAUCCCGGGACGCUCUCUGCAGCGAGGCCAAGUUUGAUAAAGAACAGGACUCUGCUUUGUUUUCCCCCAA